GGCUGUAGCAGCAGCACUGAGGGAUUCAGCUGGCGGGAACUAUUGUCAUGGACCAUAUCACAGUGCCCAAGGUAGAAAAUGUGAAGUUAUUGGAUCGUUAUGUGGGUAAGAAACCAGCUAAUGGGAUUCUGUAUCUUACUGCAACACACCUGAUCUAUGUGGAGGUUUGUGCUACAGCCAGGAAAGAAACAUGGAUUGCACUCCAUCACAUUGCCACUGUGGAGAAGUUGCCCAUCACUAGCAUGGGCUGUCCUCUGAUCCUCCGCUGUAAGAAUUUCCGGGUGGCCCACUUUGUUUUAGACUCUGACCUUGUGUGUGAGGAGGUUUAUAUUUCACUACUCAAGCUUUCUCAGCCAGUAUUACCUGAAGAUCUUUAUGCUUUCUCUUAUAAUCCCAAAUCAUCAAAAGAGAUGAGGGAAAAUGGAUGGAAACUGAUUGACCCAAUAUCAGACUUUGAGAGAAUGGGAAUACCCAAUCGGUAUUGGACCAUAACAGAUGCCAACAGAAACUAUGAGAUAUGCAGUACCUACCCUCCUGAAAUAGUGGUUCCUAAAUCUGUUACCUUGGGAACGGUGGUUGGAAGUUCAAAGUUCAGAAGUAAAGAACGUGUCCCUGUGCUCUCCUACCUCUAUAAAGAGAACAAUGCUGCCAUUUGCCGCUGUAGCCAGCCUCUGUCUGGAUUUUAUACUCGCUGUGUAGAUGAUGAGCUCUUGCUAGAGGCCAUUAGCCAAACAAACCCUGGGAGCCAGUUUAUGUAUGUUGUAGAUACAAGACCAAAGCUAAAUGCCAUGGCCAACCGAGCAGCUGGUAAGGGGUAUGAAAAUGAAGACAACUAUGCCAAUAUUCGCUUCAGGUUCAUGGGCAUUGAGAACAUUCAUGUGAUGCGGAGCAGCCUGCAAAAACUCUUGGAAGUUUGUGAAUUGAAAACUCCAACAAUGAGUGAAUUUCUUAGUGGCCUGGAGAGCUCAGGGUGGUUGAGACACAUUAAAGCUAUUAUGGAUGCUGGAAUUUUCAUUACAAAGGCAGUAAAAGUAGAAAAGGCCAAUGUCUUAGUCCAUUGUUCUGAUGGGUGGGACCGCACAGCACAAGUCUGCUCUGUGGCCAGCAUUCUUCUAGAUCCAUUUUAUAGGACAUUCAAAGGACUCAUGAUUCUAAUAGAGAAGGAAUGGAUAUCUAUGGGCCACAAGUUCUCCCAAAGGUGUGGCCACCUGGAUGGGGACUCUAAAGAAGUGUCCCCUAUCUUCACCCAGUUCCUAGACUGUAUUUGGCAAUUAAUGGAACAGUUUCCCUGUGCCUUUGAAUUUAAUGAAAACUUUCUGCUGGAGAUCCAUGACCAUGUUUUCUCCUGCCAAUUUGGAAACUUCCUUGGAAACUGCCAAAAGGAUCGGGAAGAUCUAAGAGUCUAUGAGAAAACACAUUCUGUGUGGCCUUUCUUGGUUCAGAGGAAACCAGACUUCAGGAACCCCCUCUAUAAAGGUUUCACUGUAUAUGGAGUGCUCAAUCCUAGUACUGUGCCCUACAACAUUCAGUUCUGGUGUGGGAUGUAUAACCGCUUUGACAAAGGCCUGCAGCCCAAACAGAGUAUGCUAGAGAGCCUCCUGGAAAUUAAGAAACAGAGAGCAAUGCUUGAAGCAGAUGUGUAUGAACUAGAAAAGAAACUGAAAGCCCAUGAUGAGCCACCAGAAGAGGUCUGUACCUGCUCUCAAUUAGGGAAUUUACUGUGCCAGCAUCUAAGAAGUCCUUUGGCCAAUCCUCUGGGAUUUAUGGGUAUUGAUGGAGACCUAAAUACAUUGAUGGAGAAUGGCACUCUGUCCAGGGAAGGAGGCCUCCGAGCUCAGAUGGAUCAAGCAAAAAGCCAAUGUACAGACCUCCGCCAUGACUGUUGUGGGAUCAUAGGUAGCCUUAGGGCCAUAAAUAUUUCUGAGGGUGUGCACAUCUCUGGAGACAUAGGCACCUCUGCAGCCACAGGUAUCUCUGGUGACAUGGGCAUCUUUGGGACUAUGGGCUUCUCUGAAGAUGUGGGCAUCUCUCAGGUUACUGACAUCCCUGGAAAAAUGAAUAUUUCUGAGGCCACGGGAUUCUCUGGAGGCAUGGGUUUCUCUGAUGGCAUACGCACCAUGGAGGACUUGGGCUUCUCUGAAGACACAGAUAUCUCAAAGGUCAGCACCAAGGAGUCAGGCUACUCUAAGCAACAGUGAUCUAGCUACUCAUAUGCUUCUCUGCUAGGGGCACCUGUAGCAACCACAGUGAUCUUUAUUCCAUACAGGGCUAUGCUGCUUUUCUGGUUGGUUUAAAUGUGUGAGACCAGGGUACCCCUUUUCCUACUUAGAGUCUGGAAAAAGAC